GGAGACGCCACAGACCGACUGGGUGCAGGCAGCCCGCCACCCUGACACCGCCGAGACUGACGCUCCCUCUCCCGGUCUGACAGGCCAAUCGCAGGCCACCGCUCGCCCUCCUUCCAUCCACAGCGCGCUCUCUCUCUCUCUCUCUCUCUCACACACACACACACACUCACUCACUCUCACUCCCCCCUCCUCCUCUUCUUUCUCUCUCUCUCUUUCUCUCUCACUCUGGUUUUCAUUCCUUUGCGUUCAAUCUGUGCAUCCCCUCCUCCUUCUUCUCCUCCUCCUCCUCCUCCUCCACCACCUCCUUCUCCUCCUCCUCACACCUUUUGGUCAGAAGAGGAAGAGGAAGCCCAGCCCAGGGAGAGACGCUGAGAGGAUGAAACUCUGACACGCCGACAGACCACAGGGAAACAAGAGCACAACUAUAAUUGCUAGAAGGCAGUGCCCAGGAAGGUCAGCCAAGAAUCCCGCCGUAGGUGCCAAAGUGAAAUCUACAGGACUACAAUUACUUGGACUGAGGCGGCAGAGCAAAGUGAAUGACAGGCUGUAAACACUGAGCAACAUCAGCAUUCAGUCUUUUGUAUGUUCUCCUGAUAAAUAAAGUGAUUUGUGUAGUGUGGCGUUGACGUUGGACUUCACUCUCAGCAUCAGCAACAAGUGAUUUCUCAACACCUCCAAUCUCUCAAAGGUUGUAUCUGACGGAGGGACCGGUGCCGCGCUCCCAUCCCCGCGCUCCUUCAACAACAACACUGUUCAUCAGCACCUGUGGCAGCAGCAGCGAGUUGAGUGACCGAGCUUCAGCCAGACCGGCUUCACCUGUACAUGGAGACCCCCAGCUGGGCAGGAAACACGUUGUGUAAGUCAGGAAGCAUUGCUGUCUUCGGGAACGUGGUAUACAGCGGACUGCUGAACGAUCACCUCUGGCAUUUGGGAGUGCCCCUCUUUACAAGACUGGGUAACCAAGAGGCCACCAACCCCCCAGAAGCGAUGGCCCAGCCGUACACCCCAGCCCAGUACCCACCUCCCCCACAGAAUGGCAUCCCCGCAGAGUUUGCGGCACCGCACCCGCUUCCAACACAGGACUACAGCGGGCAGAGCCGGGUUCCUGAGCACGCCAUGACUCUCUACACGCCCACACAGACGCACAGCGAGCCGGUCGGCACUGACAACAGCACACCCGCCAUCACCGCCACCACGACCGCACCGGUCAGUGUUCUUCAUCAUCUGCAAACACUGUUCUCAACACGCUGUCAGCAAACAGAUGAUGUGACGCAAACAGAGGGCUCUCAGCAGCUCCAGCUCCAGCACUCAGACUCUUCAGAGAAGCAGCAGCCCAAAAGGUUACAUGUCUCCAACAUUCCCUUCCGCUUCCGGGACCCUGACCUAAGGCAAAUGUUUGGGCAAUUUGGAAAGAUUUUAGAUGUGGAGAUUAUCUUUAAUGAGCGAGGAUCCAAGGGCUUUGGGUUUGUAACUUUUGAAACCAGCACAGAUGCUGAUCGUGCACGGGAGAAACUAAACGGUACAAUCGUAGAGGGACGCAAAAUAGAGGUCAACAAUGCAACAGCACGAGUGAUGACAAACAAAAAAGUGGCCAACCCUUACACGAAUGGCUGGAAGCUGAAUCCAGUGGUGGGAGCUGUCUAUGGUCCUGAACUGUAUGCCGUAACAGGGUUUCCCUACCCUGCCACAGGCGCUACGGUGGCCUAUAGGGGUGCCCACUUGAGAGGUCGGGGGCGGGCUGUGUACAACACAUUCCGCACAGCUCCACCGCCACCACCAAUUCCAGCUUAUGGAGCGGUGGUGUACCAAGAUGGCUUCUAUGGUGCGGAGAUCUAUGGUGGCUAUGCAGCAUACAGAUUUGCCCAGCCCACCACCACCGCUGCUUACAGUGACAGCUAUGGCAGAGUCUAUGCAACAGCAGACCCCUACCACCACACCAUUGGCCCUGCUGCCACAUACAGUGUGGGGACUAUGGCUAGCCUAUACAGAGGAGGGUACAGUCGCUUCACUCCCUACUAAAAGAAAGAAAGCGAGAAAAGACAGAGACAUUACUCCAACAAACAAAAAUCUCUUUAAAAAAAAAACAGAAUAAAAAAAAGACAAACACAUGAUGGUCCUUGGUGGGGAGCUAAAUCAAACUAAAAGCUUCCAGGUCCCCCUGACACCCUCUCAAGCCGAUAUUUCUACAACAACCUAUUUGAUGUCAUCAUUGGUCUGCUCUUGUUUUGUAUUCAUUUUGUGCUUUUGGUUUUCUUUUGGAAAGUUGUAUGCACAUGUGCAUUUUCUUGACUGCUGUAGAUGGGUGCUGUGUCACUAUAACCAAUGUGAGCCUACUGCAGCACGCAUGAUGCAUGCUCAGAGGUGUGUGUGUGCAGCUGCUGUCAUCUGACUGAGAAUAUACUGGGGCAUUUUUAUGAUAUAAAAGUAUAAACAGUACACACAGGACACAUCCUAAGUAUGAUCAGGUUGCCACUGAUCACUGAUCCAUUCCAAUUUCUUUUAACAUGCAUAAAUCAAGCAAUCAGUCCACACGCUGACUGACAUGCCUUGGUAAUUCUUAGCUCAAAGAUGGCACUGCUCUGUUUGCUUUUGGUUUUCUUUAAACGGAUUGUCCUACUGUGGAACCUUAUAAGCCGUGUACUAUGUGCUAUGACAGCAUGCAGAGUAAAGGGUCACGUAGGCCAGAUUUCUGUUUUUGACUCACAAUGCUCACACUCAGGCCCAGUCUCCUGCAAAUUACUGGAUAAUUAUUUGCAACUAUUUUAUACUGGCGGCUACGUUUUAGGGGGAAAUGUGACGCUGGCUGGGUUACGUUCAGGGACCAAGUUGUGUGGCUUUUAAAAUAAGAACAAACAAGGGUGAUCGUUUUCCUCCAGCAGCCCGGGUUUGCAUUGCUUCUCAUGCCAGUAGUUGGUAGUGAUAUUUUUAAACGAUUAUGGCCAAAAUGAUAAUCACGAUUAUUUUGUUCAAUAUUGUGAUCACGAUUAAUUAUCAAGAUUUGUUCAUUUUAACCAAAACAUAUUUUAUUUUAACGUAGGCUACUUUUAACUGCUUUCACAUCCAUAUUAUGCUACUUACAAACAGUUGCAACACAUGUAUCUGAAAUAAAUAGCGUAGGACGCUACUCACAGAGAGACCGCUGACUCAUUAUGAACGGGUCCAGCACGGGGCGAAUGGCGGCUCAGCAGAGUUACACGUCGUGUGUAUGAAAUGUCUGUAGCGUCACCACGCUGCAUUUUUAUGAAUUGUUAUAUUCUGGCCAUGGGUCACAUCUCUGGUCCAGGUCCAGGAGGCUCCGACUCACACGCUGUUACUCUACAAACUGAAGUCAGUUGCCUUCAAUAAUGUCUUCCGCGUUUUUUGCCGUGGCGGCCGCGAUAGCAGACGUACCUCUUAUGAUUAACAAUUAAAACUGUUGACAAAUGUCAGAAGUGUGAAGCGGCCCCGCUGUGUGGAGAGUAGAGGAGAGAUCCAACACAGGCACGGCUUUACAGAAGAAAUGGGUCAUGUAACGCAAAGUUAAACCGUAUCAACAAACAACGUUGCAGCGGAUGCGAGGACAUUAGGUGCACCGGUGCGUCCUAGAGGAAAAACAUUACUCGCGCCCUAGAGCCCUGUGAGCUAACAGACGCUAACUAGCACCGCUCACUGCUGUUGUCUGAAAAACACAGAUGGGACAAAAUGUUGCGUUUACUGGUAAAAUGGUAAACCUUGAGACCGACUGCUAUCUGUUGAGUUUUCCUCCCGUUGCUCUGUCCUCUGUGACUGUCUCCAUCUAGAAACUAAGCUGCACGGUGGAGGGAACAACUCUAACAGGCACAUGAUCAGACAGAGGUUUACGGAGCCGUAGAUUGACUUCGGAAAAAAAACCAGAGUGUUCUAUGAAAUGACGCAUUUAAAAAGAAAUCGCUCGAUCACGCAAAUUUGAUUGUGGGAAGUCAAAAUCAUGAUUUAAAUGUUAUUAAUUGUGCAGCCCUACUUCACAGGACCAAUUGCAAAUUCAGACAGACCAAAUGAACCAUGUGCUCUUACAGUAGCUCCGUAAACGAUUUUUGUUUUGCAUACACAGAAAAUUUGUUUUAAAAAAAAGUUGCUAUUUAUUACUACUUAAAGAAAAUGUUUUUUGUGUCAGUUCUAUGGUACAUUUUGCAGCCAAAUUGUAAUGUUGUCUUUUUGGAAUGCAUCAAAAUGUAUUAUAUGUACUAUAUUUUAUUUUAUUACAUUUUAAAUAUGGAGGAGCAGAAUUGGUGGACACAAUGUAAUGCAGAACUAUAAAACAUGACAGAACCAACUGUAGCUUCUAAAUUGGAUGCAAAUUGUCAAUUAACUUAGUUGAUUUGGUAAAGAAAAUAGCCAAAAGUCAUUGUCUUCAUCUUUUCUCUGUUUAAGAUUGACACUCACAAUGACAUUUUCACAGACUAAACAGGUAAUUGGUUAAUUGCUUUAUAUUUGUCUGCAGUGUUUUCCUCCAACAUGUAACCGCUAAGUGUAAAUGGUUGAAUAUGAACUUAAUUUGCAGGAAACGUGGCUGACUAUCCUCACUAACACACCACAGCAGAUAAACUUUCCUCAAGGUGUGCUAUAACUAGGGCUGGGUAUCGUGUAGCAGUAUGCCAUGGCUUCGAUACCGGUUCCUGAUCAAUACUAGUUUAUACAUUCCAUUACAAAAAUCUUUUUAUUUUUUUUCAGCUGCUGCCACGUGAGCCCUGUCUCUGUGGGUAAUGUAGUUUUUCCUGCAUUACUGUACAAGGUGUAACAUUUGACAUCAGCAUUAUUUGUAAAAAAUGACAUGUAAUUAUUAGAUAUUGGUAGAAGCAUGCUUAUUAACAUUGGCUCACUGAUGAGAUUUAUUAAUUAGGAAUGGAAAUGACAAAGCACUUUUGAUACCAAGAACUGCAAUUCGGUCAGUGCCUAUCUAAAUUGGUACUCAGCCCUAACUAAAGCACCAAACAGUUUGCACAUGGACUCAGACACAGAAAUGAGGCGGGUGGACCUGACAGAGAGCUGUUCUGUUACACAAGUCACCGGUCUCUUUUUUUAAGCAUUGCACACAAAAUGUUUUACCUCAGGAUAAGCUAACUGAAUCUCACAAACUACAAUACAGUGCUAUUCGGUUCUCAGCAGGCAGAAUAGUUUCAUCAUUUAAACCCAACCAGCAGGUUUGUCCUCUUUGCAACACAGCUUUCUACAAGAGACGCUUUUUGUUGAAGCAAAGACCCCAAGAGGAUGAUAAAAUUAGACUGUAUUCUUUAAAGCUACUGUAUUAUAUAUAUAUAUGUAGACAUAUACUGUAUAACAACUUUAACACUGCACACACGCACAGAGUAAGAUAUUAUAUAAAAGCUCCCAGGAGUUAGGAAACCUAAUGUAAACGUGUGUAGAGUGCAGCAGUGGUUGCAUUGGCUUUACAACUUUGUGCUACGUGAGGUUAAAAGAAAAUCUCUGUGUAGCGGUGAAUUGUCAGCAUUUCAGUGCAGCUAUGGAAAUACAACUCAAAAGUAUUGCCAACGGUAUUUAAUUCAUAUGUGGUCUCAAAAGAAAAAAAAAUAUUGGUUGCACUUUGUUUUCAGCUUUUUAAAAACUUUACAAAAUUUAACAUUUAUUAAAAAAAGUAUAUGCAGUUAGUUAUGUUUAGUCAAGAUGUUAAAAUGAUAUAGAGUAAUGUUGUAUAUAUAUUAAAAAAAAUUAACCCAUAAUUUCAUGAGUCAAAGAAAAUCUUUGUGGGUUAACAAACAUUGUUCUUCCUUUUUAUAUGCUAGUACGUAUGCACCAUUUGGCGUUUUUUAUAUGAGUCAAAACUAACUUUGAAUAUUAUUUUUACCAUUUUUCAAACAGUACGUUUGUGUAUUUGGAGUUUCUUGCAUAAACUCCGCAGCAGAGUACAUGUGUGGGUGUUCAGCUAGUGAUCACUACUAGAAAUUCUUCUCUUUUCUGAGCUGGGGAGGAGAGAGAAAGUAAAUGCAGUUUGCCAACAGAGUACAGUUUUAUAUGACUUCCUUCAAGUCCCUGUAAUUACAUAAUUCCUUAACUCUGACCUCCAAUACAUCAGUGGCAAGAUUAACUAGAGAUACUAAAAAAAUGACUAGGACAGUUGAUGCAGUCCAAUACAAUAUGACUACACCCUGCAAUGUUAAAACAUGACAAUGUCUACUAGAUAGAUAGAAGCUGUAUUAACUGAUGAUUUACAGUAUAGAUUAUCAGUUUAAUCAUAAACUCAUAUCUUAAUUUGCUCACUCCAAUUGGUAAUUUUUGAGCAAAAAUUUACAGCAUUUAAUGCUACGAAUGUAAGCUGUUUAAGAGAUUUCAAAGUACAAAUUGUUUCAUAUACAGUAGAUUACUAAUAAUUGAUCCAAAUGACUUGUGACUGAUAUUGUUCUUGGAUCCUUUAAAGUUGUUGUCAUUAUUACACUGUAUAUUAGAGGAUUAGCAUGGGUAAUGGAAAUGAUCCGACUCACAGAUCAGCAGUAUUUGUUGCCUCCUUAACCUCCUAAAUCACAAGAUUAUUCCCAAAAUGAACAGACAGCUGCAAUGUUGUGCUUUCUGAUGUCAAAGGGCCUGAUGGUCAGUAUGUGCAUAAUACAGUAUCUCAGCAUGAGGGUCCAGUACAGACUACAACACAACAGCCAUGUUAUUACAGGGACGAGUUGGAGUAUUGUCUGCACGGGUUUGUCUACAGUUUACAGAAAGAUAAAAUUAGCAUAGUUUAACUGUUUCAGUGUCAGCUUAUCAAGGCUUAAGUGUUAAAGACUAAACAUGUAAAUAACUCUCGUAAUCAGUAUUGUAGAGGUCUGAGCCGUUUAGUUCUGCUUACAGUAAGUCAAAAGUAAUUUAAACGUGGAUUUAUAAAACAAAAACUUUGAUAUUUUUUGGUUUACUUGUAUUUCGUAAGCAGCUUAUGCAACCACACCUUGAUUUGGUCCAAACAUGUGUUCAUACUUAAUGAUAGUACUAUUGAAAUACGUUUACAUAUCAGCAGAAAAAAAUACUCUUUAUUCAUCAUUUAUAUUUAAUAUUCACUAAACCCUGAUAAGCUGGCAGGUGUAUUUGGUAGUCCACAAAAAAGAUUUGUACAAACGAGAACCAAGCAAAAAACAUUACUGUACUUGUAAAUACAUUUAAAUGUAUAUACACACACACUAUAUCGCAAUUCUCUGAGUAACUGUUUUAUAUGUAUUCCUAUAUGAAGUGGGGUUAUCUGUGUAUUUUCAAUUCAGCUGAACUUGUUCUUGAAUUGUAUGUAAUUUCUAUGAUGAGAAUAUAUUGUCUGAAAGGUGUAAAGUAAUUUUCUUUUUGAGAUAAUCGUAUGACUCAUUUCUUCAUUCAUGAGUUAUUUUUGUUGUCAAUAUGUGACAUGAGUAAUCUCUAAUUGUUUUUGAGUGUCAGAAUAAAGCAGUUAUAAGAACAUUA